AUGGGGAAGUUGACAGAACUGAUCUUGUGGCUUAACAGCAGAAAUCAUUGCGGACCAACUGAUAAUGUCACAUCUCAGGCUAUACAGAAUGGUUCCGGCCAUGAGAACAAUAGCACUGUCCCUCCAUCACUGCCGUUAAAUGCACAGAAUACAAUUGAAUCUGACUUGUCACCAACAGUUAUUCAUAAGGCCGGGCACCCUGGUUUAGCUUCUGAUGCGGUUCCCCUGGGCAUGCAAAUGAGGCUGGACAUGUUUGAUCUGGCUGUGAGCAGUGGCGUUCCAACCCAACAUUUACAUGAAGCAGUUUCUAACACUCAGAACACACCUUCCCAUACUCAGCCUCACGUGUGUCUUGGUGAACCCAAGGAGGGUGCAUAUGAUUUUCGAAAUAAUACAUUGAAGGAUCAAGACGAGCUGACAUUUGAAAGUGAGUCGGUUACCAUCUCAAGAGGCAAGAGCCUAUGCUCAGGGGUGAGUUUCUCAAUAUUGGAUAAUUUCGUGCAAGCAUUGCGGUCUUCAGGUGUUGAUUUAUCUGAGGCCAGCUUUUCAGUACAAAUUGAUGUAGGGAGGCGAUCAAUUGCCCCCACGUCUAGCUCAAAGGAUCAUGGGAGCCAAUUUGUGAACACCCAAUCAAUGCCAUGCUCAGGAGUCGACUACUACAGUGAGGAUUCUGAACAAGCUCUUGAGAGGCUCAGAACAGAAGAGAGUUAG